CAGCGCUAGGUGAACCAGCAGCGCCGCCACAUUAAGGCAGGUGUUCAACAUGGCGAACGCGGGGAGUCGAUGUCUCGCCACAACUCUUUCUUUCUUCCUGGUUUCGGCAGCUAUUCUUCUCAAAGGAGCAGCUCAGAUCCUUCCAGUUCAGGGGCAGAAUCUGGUGACGGACAACAUCUCCGUGGUGGAGGGAGAGGUGGCCAUCAUCAGCUGCAGAGUGAGGAACAAUGACGACUCCGUGAUCCAGCUUCUCAACCCCAACAGACAGACCAUCUACUUUAAGGACGUGCGACCCCUGAAGGACGGAAGGUUCCAGCUGGUCAACUUCACGGACAACGAGCUGCGCGUGUCCCUGUCCAACGUGUCGCUGUCCGAUGAGGGCCGAUACGUCUGUCAGCUGUACACCGACCCGCCCCAGGAAGCCUAUGCCGACAUCACUGUGCUGGUUCCCCCCAGUCCCCCCAUUCUGGAGGCGCGAGACGACCUGGUGAGCGAGGGCAACGAGACAGAGCUGAGCUGCACCACCAUGGGCAGCAAACCCGCCGCCUCCAUCCGCUGGAUGAAGGGCCCCGAAGAACUGCAGGGAGAGACCAUGGUGGAGGAGACCUAUGACCACAUGUUCACCGUCACCAGCCGACUCUCACUCACAGUCACCAGGGAAGACGACGGUGUGCCAAUCAUCUGCAUAGUGGACCAUCCGGCGGUGAAGGAUCUCCAGGCCCAGACGUACUUGGAGGUGCAGUACAAGCCAGAAGUGAAGAUCAUUGUGGAGUUUCCCGAAGGCUUGACCAGAGAAGGAGAGAACCUUGAGCUAACCUGCAAAGCCAAAGGCAAACCUCAGCCACAGCAGAUUAACUGGGUGAAACUAGACGACGAUGUUCCCUCGCAUGCAGUAAUAAAGGGCUCGGACCUCCUCAUCGAGAACCUCAACAAGUCGUACAACGGCACGUACCGCUGCGUGGCCACCAACUCCGUGGGCGAGUCCUAUGAUGAUUACAUCCUCUACGUCUACGAUGUUCUCACCACCACUUCUGUUCCCACUUCCAAGACCCCUGUCCCAGACGGAAGCCGAGAUGCCACGUCCGACUUGGACCCUGCGGCCCACGACUCGCGAGCGGGCGAGGGAGCGCCGCAGAAGAUGGACCACGCGGUGGUGGGCGGGGUGGUGGCGGUGGUGGUCUUCGCCAUGCUCUGCCUGCUCAUCGUGCUGGGCCGUUACUUCGCCAGGCACAAAGGCACGUACUUCACCCACGAGGCCAAAGGGGCGGACGACGCUGCAGACGCUGACACGGCCAUCAUCAACGCCGAGGGUGGCCACAACAACUCAGACGAGAAGAAGGAGUACUACAUCUGACCGGCUGGGCCACCUCAUAUCGGACACUGAGCUGUUUGGGGCAGGGAGGGGUGGGGAGGGUUGAGCAGGGUCCUGGGGGUGGGAAGGGGCGGACCUGACGAUUUUAACUCCAGCCUGUGCAUCUGAGAAAGUAAAGUGUGCUGGGAAAGGGUGGGGGGGGGCAAUUUAGACUCGAGGGAAGAAGAGGGUUGGGAAACACAGAGAGAGACAUCAUCAGAAAUCAUCAUAGACAGCUUUAUCAUUCAGCCCCCCCCCGCCCGGGUUUUCUUUAGUUCAACCAUCUGCAGAAAAUUCUGUGCCUUGUUUUUUUCUCUCCCUCCCCCGCCCCCCAUUUCUUUUUAUCAUCCCCCCUCCCCCAUCACACUAUAGCCAAUUCCCAAGCUCUAGUCCUUCACAUGUUACUGGUCUUGUGAAGUCAGAUUACAGAACACUUGUGCGUUGCAUUGUGGACCCCCCACCCCCCUGCCAGACGGUACCAGAUUCUGCUGGGAGCUGGGUCCCUGUGUCGCACACUGCUGUAGCUUCUCUGAAUCCAAUACAGAGAGGCUUCGGCGCGUUAAGGAGAAGCUGUAGUUAACAUCAAAACAUCUCAUUGGCUUUCAUGGUGGAGGCCAGAGGAGCUCCCAUGUCAAACAUUCUUGCUUUUUUCCCCUCCAGUUUAACAUGGACUCUUUUAAAACAUUUUUUUCUAAAGACUCACCAGUGUAAAGUGUCCUACCAAUUUCCACCAUCCAGAAUAACCACAGAAAUAACCACAUUUUUGUUUUAGCUGCAGUGAAGUUCUCUGUUCAAAUUGGAUGUUUUUUUUCUAAAAAAAAAAAACGCUGUUCCAGUUUCUCAGACAGAUUGUAUGAAACCUAACAAAGGCACUGCGGUUACAGCAGUGUUUGUGUGUGUUUACUUUAGCAUGUGUACCAGCCCUGGGACUGGAAAACAGCUUUCUUGUAUAGGAUUGUUGAGUAUCAUUUUUUUCCAUUGGUCUUCCUAACUGACAGGCAUUUUUUAUCAAAAACUUGCACACAGAUUUGAAACCACUGACAGUCUGAAGAUUUGACAGCUACCAAAAGCAGGUUCCCAAAAAGUAGUAACCCUCAGGACAUGUUCUUAUUAAAAAAAUAAUUAAAAAUCCAUUAAAAACAGUAAAGUCAAAUAAAGGAUUUUGACUUGAUUUUUCCCCUCAUUAGCACACUUUAAUUACAGAAUAACAGGUUAAAAAACACUGCUUUUACAGUGUAAUCCUCGCCAUUCUCUAUUAAUAUAAUUAUACAAUGUAUUAUUUUAAUAUUAUGAUGUGUUUUACAAAACAGGCAAUAUAUUGUUAUAUAUUUAUUUGGAGUUAGUGUUGCAUUGUGAUUCUUUAACUACAGCCAAAACAGUAAUAUAUUUUAAUGUAAAAUAAAGUUUCUAUCAGAAUAUGUUAAAAUCUUAAAUACUGAAUAUUAUUCCCAACUUUAAACUCAUUCCUUUCUAUGAUACCAUAAAUUUUAUUACUGUAGUAAUUCUCCUGCUUUCUAACUACAGAGCAGAAAUACUUUGCAACUGGCAAAAAUCUCUGCAAAUCACACGUGUUCAGUAAUAUAUACAGUAAUUAACUAUAUUCAUUCAACUCUAUUAGCUUCAGCAAGGAAGACCAAGAGGACAUACCCCUUCCUGCUUCUGUAAUGCCAUGGGCACGUUUCGGUGACCAUGAGUAUGCCUUUUCCAUCCCAUGCACAUAUCUCUCUCUCUGCAUGCCAUCACCAUACAAUAAACACAUUUUCUCUGUACAUAGACACACCCUCACCAUAGCAUGAACACGCCCUCUACAUACCAUGGGCACACCCCUCCUUGCCAUGGGCCCGCCCUCUCCAUAUUCUGGACACACCCCUCCUUGACAUGGGCCCACCCUCUCCAUACUAUAAACACACCCCUCCUUGACCUGGGCCCGCCCUCUCCAUACCAUGGACACAUCCCUCCUUGACAUGGGCCCACCCUCUCCAUACUAUAAACACACCCCUCCUUGUCAUGGGCCCGCCCUCUCCAUACUAUAAACACACCCCUCCUUGUCAUGGGCCCACCCUCUCCAUACUAUAAACACACCCCUCCUUGACAUGGGCCCACCCUCUCCAUACUAUAAACACACCCCUCCUUGACCUGGGCCCGCCUUCUCCAUACCAUGGACACAUCCCUCCUUGACAUGGGCCCACCCUCUCCAUACUAUAAACACACCCCUCCUUGUCAUGGGCCCGCCCUCUCCAUACUAUAAACACACCCCUCCUUGCCAUGGGCCCGCCCUCUUCAUACUAUAAACACACCCCUCCUUGUCAUGGGCCCGCCCUCUUCAUACUAUAAACACACCCCUCCUUGCCAUGGGCCCGCCCUCUUCAUACUAUAAACACACCCCUCCUUGCCAUGGGCCCGCCCUCUUCAUACUAUAAACACACCCCUCCUUGUCAUGGGCCCGCCCUCUCCAUACCAUAGACACGCCUCAUGCUCUCACUGUACCCCUUACUGUACUACACGAUUAGCCUCUCUGUGCUUCUGUGAUACCAAGCUGCCACCGGAUCUUCCUACGUUUCCUCUAGUCAAUUUUAUUUUAAACUGCCAGAAAUGCCAACAAAACAGAGGAAUACCUUUGCAGCAUUUCCAGCGUGUCGAAGGAGGGCUUUGUCGCUUAGUUUUCUCCGUCGAAGGCGAACCCGUAGGUCUCCAUGACGGAUCUCCCGCUUGACUCCCCGCUUCCGUAAACAUGACACCAAGGUUAAUGUCCUCUAAACAUUCUGCUUAAAAGCAAGGGAAUGUAGUAACAUUCACUAUUUUGUUUUUGUUUUGUUUUUAAUUUCCAAAAUAAAUUCUUUGAAACGAAGGAGCCACUGCCUUAAAAAGUAAUGUAUCAUGGCUUUUACACUAUAAGAAAACAAAUCAUUUGUCUCCAUCUCCAUUUCCUCUGUUCACAUGUGACAGUGUAAAUUGAGCCUAUAAAGGUAUUUUCACAUACGAUUUGAGAUUAUGUGACAUAUUUCAUAGUGAUUAUUAUUCGUCUUGAGUCAAACGUGUGCCAGUCUCUUCUUAAGCUGAAUAUUCAGAUUUUAUUCUCUAAACACAGUAUUCAUUAUUUAAAUGCUGGCGAUCUGUUGAUAAUAGCAACUGCAGACAGGGUGAAUACGUUUGGUUUUAUAUACCAAACCCAUUUUGGUUGCAUUUAACAGUUUCAUAGCCACAGCCAAGACUAUCUGGGAACAGAAUGGAUCUUAGAAGUUGUGAAACUAGUUUCUGCCCACUGCACUAAAAAUGAGCAUUGGCUUGUUUGAAAAUGAAAACAGUCAGCAGGAUGAAGCCCACAAUGUACAAGACAGACUAUAAAACAGACAUUUUCCACAGACAAUUUAGACGGAUGACAGAACUGGCUGUCAGUUUUUUCUCCACUGUUUCUUCCCUCCCCUUCUGUAUAAACGGUGUUAUUCAGGGUGCUGGAGGACCGGCCGUGUGCCACAUCUCCUCCGCCCCAAUUCAGCCAGCUCCACGGAUCUCAAACAGUACGUCUUGCAUCUCAGGUAGAAUGCAACGUUUCCACCCCACUCACCAAUGAAACGGAAAUCGCAGAAUCACGUGGCAAAAGUUCUGGGUUUUAGUUGUACAUGUUUACGUGUUCUUGGAAUACAGUGCACUGUUUUAAACGUGUUGAGUAUUACUUUGCAUAGACCUAGUUCACAAAAGAAAGACUCCAGUCGUUCUGUGAUAGAGACAAGCCGGCUUGCUGUGCUACAAUCACUAGAAAGGUGCCACGUCCUGGAAGCUCGGGGCUGCUGAGGAUUUUUGGCCCAGGAAAGUUGGCCCUUGAUGAGGUUUAGGUAGAUUCUGUCUUUCUGCUGUACUUGGGCAAUGUUACUGUGUAUUAAUGAUGAAAAAAUAUCAACAUGUUCCCAUACACAUUUUGUAUUGGUUCAUAAAAAGACAUUUUUACAAAAAAAAAAUAAAAAGAGAGAGUACUUGUCUUAAUAAAAGAGUUAUUAAUGUUCAAAGUA